GGACUAGCACCGGUAUAUGAAGUCGAAAUAUAAUCAUCAAAUUCCAUCGGUUAAAAAUUUGGACUUUGUUUGAUUCCUGGCUAAGGAAACGAUUACGCGCACAGAGACGGAUUGAUUUUGAGUUUGAUUGUCCGCCGGAUCCUUGCUUUCUCCGGUCGGAGGAUUGUUCAUCCUAGGGUUUUGCUUUUCUUCAUAAUAUCUGUUCUCAUUUCAUCCGUUAACCCCAGGAUCAAUCAUCCCUCCGACCCAUGUUCAAGUUUUGGGGAUCUCAGGAGGAACAGGUCCGCCCUUCACAAGAUGUUUCCACACAAUCGUGGUAUCCACCAUCUGUUAGCUCUUCUCGCCCUGCAACUCCAGGUAGCACCUCCUCCAACCAUUCCAGUUCACAAAGGCUCUCUGAUAGGCCACAAUCUCCAUCACACGUUCCACCUGCUGAAGCUGCAGGCAUUAUUUCUGCUCUGAAAGACAAAAGUGUUGAUGAGUUACGAAAGCUUUUGUCGGACAAGGAUGCAUAUAAUCAAUUCCUCCUUUCACUUGACCAGGUCAAAAUUCAGAACAAUCUAAGAGAUGAGCUGCGUAAGGAAACCCUUCAGCUUGCUAGUGAGAACUUGGAAAAGGAGCCUCGCAUCAUGGAACUCAGAAACCAGUGUAGAAUUAUUCGAACAACUGAACUGGCUGCAGCAAAGGAGAAGCUGAAUGAACUUGACCAAAAGAAAGAGGAGAUUUUGAAGCUCUGUUCUCCUGCUUCACUUCUGCAGAGGCUUCAAGAGAGUAUGAAGGAGACAGAAGACGAGUCGGACAAUCUGCACAGGCAGCUUCUUGACAGGGAGAUCGAUUUGGGUUCUUUUACUCAUAAAUACAAAAAGCUGCGUAUGAAUUACCACCGGCGAGCUCUCAUUCAACUUGCUGCCAAAACCACCUGAAACUGAAAGAACUUCUGAGUACUGACAGUGGCAGUUAAUGUAUAUUCUUACCGACAAAAUUUACUGCUUUCCUGCUUAUGCAACUGCUACCAAACUCUUCUUUUUCAGGGGUAGAAGUUCAAAUCAUUUGAAUUCCAGAUCGAUUUUCUUCCAAGUUUGUGUCACUAGUGAAUGUCUGUUCGUUUUACUGAUGACAAUAAAUUGAUUCUUUUCAUUUUGAUAAAUCUUUCCUUUUUCUUUGUAAUCGUUGUAAAAAUGAUAUUUGUCCUCUUUUGCUUCACAUCAUUCUUCUAUGCAUAGUUUACAAAUUGCUAGCCA